AGCUACACAUCUACAUCCAUACCCCUCACACAUGUGGUGUCCCACACAGUGCACACACACACUCACUGACAGGACGUGUACGUGUAGCUGCAGAGGGUGAACCACACCUUAUAGCUGUAAACAUGUCGGAUUUGGAAGACACGAUGCUGCUGGGGAUGGAGGGCAUCAAGAAAACCAUCCUGUACGGAGGGAAAGAGCAGAUCCCGAAAUUCGUCACGGGGACAAAGGUGACGUUCCACUUCCGCACCCAGCUGUGUAACGACGAGCGCACCGUGAUAGAUGACAGCAAGGUGGUGGGCACGCCCAUGGAGAUGGUGGUGGGCAACAUGUUCAAACUAGACGUGUGGGAGACUCUGCUGUCCUCCAUGAGGCUCGGAGAGGUGGCCGAGUUCUGGUGUGACACUAUUCACACUGGUGUUUAUCCACUCGUGGCCAAGAGCAUGAGGCGCAUCGCUGAGGGGAAAGAUCCAGUCGAAUGGCAAAUCCACACAUGUGGCAUGGCUAACAUGUUUGCCUAUCACAGCCUCGGCUAUGAUGACCUCAAUGAGCUGAUGAGGGAACCACAGCCCCUCUACUUCGUCUUGGAGCUGGUCAAGGUGGAGCAUCCCAAUGAUUACAAAAGGGAGACAUGGGCUCUGAGUGACCAGGAGAGGCUGAAGGCAGUGCCCGUGCUCCAUGGCCAGGGGAACCUCCUCUACAAGCAGGGACGCCUCCAGGAGGCCACACAGAAAUACAAGGAGGCCAUCAUCUGCAUCAAAAAUGUUCAGACCAAGGAAAAGGCCUGGGAGGCUCCAUGGCUGAAGCUUGAGAAGAUGGCCAACACCCUCACACUCAACUACUGCCAGUGUCUGCUUUGCAUGGAGGAGUACUACGAGGUCAUCGAGCACACUAGCGAUAUUAUCAACCAGCACCCAGGCAUAGUGAAGGCCUUCUACCUGCGUGGCAAGGCUCACAUGGAGGUGUGGAACGAGGCGGAGGCUCGGCAGGACUUCAGCAGGGUGCUGGACCUGGACCCCGGCAUGAAGAAGGCCGUCAGGAAGGAUUUGGCUCGGCUUAACAUGCGCAUGGAAGAGAAGAACCAGGAGGACAAAGACAAGUACAAGGGCAUGUUUUGACCGGACAGACUGAGACACUAAGAGUCAGAAAAGCAAAAGGCUAGAGAAGAAAAAGUGGCUAAAAGUCAUAAAUAUAUCAUUCUCAUCUUUUUUUUCCUGAGUGAUGUUAUGGGACUGGAGUAGUCACUAACUAGUGCCACUCUGCUGAUCUGUAAAAUAAAAUAAAAUAAAAAAUACUUCUCUCUC